AUUUAAUUUUAAUGAAAAGUUUAUUUUUAAUUCAGAAAUUUUCAGAAUAUGAUAUAUCUGGUAUUUUUCUAUGCUGUAACUUUGGUUAAUUGCAAAUCACCUCAUAUUAUCAUGAUUGUUGCCGAUGAUAUGGGUUUCAAUGAUGUCAGUUUUCAUGGAUCAAAACAAAUACCAACUCCAAAUAUUGAUAAGAUUGCAAAAGAAGGUGUUAUACUUAACAACUACUAUGUCUUACCAAUUUGCACACCUUCAAGAAGUGCUAUAAUGACCGGAAGGUAUCCUAUUCACACAGGUAUGCAAAGUGACACUAUAUUUGCUGCUAAUGCUUGGGGCGUAGGUUUGGAUGAAAAGUUUUUACCUCAGUAUUUGAAAAAUGUUGGUUAUCAGACCCAUGCAAUUGGCAAGUGGCAUUUGGGAUUUUUUUCUAAAGAGUACACUCCUACCUAUCGUGGUUUUGAUUCGUUUUAUGGAUAUUAUGGAGGACAAGCAGAUUAUUGGGACCAUUCUUUAGCUUCUAAUGGUUGGUGGGGUUUAGAUUUGCAUUAUGACACACCGUCAUCAAGCAAAAAUAUAUUUAAUCAAUGGGGAAAUUAUAGUACUGCAAUGUAUUCAAUGGAAGCUAUCGAUAGGAUUCGCAAUCACAACUCCACUCAACCAAUGUUUCUUUAUCUUGCUUAUCAAGCAGUUCACAGUGCAAAUUUAAGAGAAUAUCCUUUGCAAGCUCCUCAAGAAUGGGUAGAUAAAUUCUCACACAUAAAACACAAAGGAAGACAAAAUUAUGCAGCCAUGUUGGGUGUAAUGGAUCACUGGAUUGGUCAGAUUACCUCAGAGUUGUUAAAGCAAAACAUGCUCGAUGAUUCAAUCAUAAUCUUUACAUCAGACAAUGGUGGACCUGCAAAUGGUCUUAACAAUAAUUGGGCAACUAAUUAUCCAUUAAGAGGCACCAAAACAACUGUCUAUGAAGGUGGUGUUAGAGGUGCUGCUUGUAUUUGGAGUAAAGAACUUUCAAAAAAUCCCAGAGUUUCCAAUGAUUUAAUGCAUAUUACUGAUUGGCUUCCUACUUUGCUUAGUGCAGCUGGUGUUGACACUACUUUACUUCCUAAUCUUGAUGGUUUAAAUUUAUGGGAUACUUUGAUCAAUCAAGUGCCUUCACCAAGAACUGAAGUUCUUAUAAACAUUGAUCCACUUCUUUAUAUGAAUGCUGCUUUGCGUGUUGGCGAUUGGAAAAUUGUAAAGCAAAAUAAUUUUUAUGAUGGCUGGUAUCCCCCACCAGAAAUCAGUAAUGAAAUUGAAGAGUACGAUGUUCAUUGUUCCCCUCCUCCACUUUUACCUAGAAGUUGUGAUAAAAAAGAUGGAAAACUUUGUUUAUUUAACAUCAAGUAUGAUCCGUGUGAAUACAUUGAUUUAUCAGCUUCAAAUCCACAUAUUUAUCAGUUUAUGUUAGAGCGAUUAAAUUUCUAUAAUAAAAGCAUGGUAGAAUCUCGCCGAAACACUUUUCGAGAUCCUCUUGCAGAUCCAAAAUUAUACAAUGGCGUGUGGAAAUCUUGGGUUUCAAGCUAGUCUCUAGAGCUGUAUUGUAUUGUGAUGGUAUUUUAAGGAAUAAUUUAAUUAGAAGUUUUUUAAUUGUAAUUUAAAACACUAAAAACAAUCCGGUAUGCUCACCAUGUUAAAAAACAGGUAAACCAAAAAGUCUAACUUUAUUCAAAUUCAACAAAUCAUGUUAUUUAAAAAAACUUAUUUAAAAUAUUUUUUUUGUUGAAAAGAGAGGAACAUUCGGUGAUAAACAACUCUUUAAACAAGAUUGCAAAGAGUAGAAUGUGGAGUAGAAACAAUGCAAAGAGUAGAAUGUGGAGUAGAAACAAACUCGCUGUUUAGAAUGCGUGCUGCGGUUGAGUGCUGAAAUCAUCCAAUAAUUGUUAUUCUUCUGAUAAUUUUUAAACCUAUUGUUUUUUUACUUUUUCAGUUUAAACUUUUUUAUCGUUUUUUUAUUAAAGCUACUCAUACA